AUGCGAUCAAAGCUCGUCUGGGAAUUCAAAGAAGUGAGGGGGGAAACGACAAUUUUUGGACUGGACUACAUCGAGCACAUAUGUACCAACAGGCACGUUCUAGCCUACAUCAAGGAAAAGCUCACCAAGUUCAGCGAGCUCACAGGAUGGCUUGGGCCAAGGCUUUACAUUGUCACCGGUGUGCGAGUCGCCAUCAAAGCGCGCCUCAAGUCCCAGGAGGAUACUGCCAUAUCAGCAAGGGCCACGGCAAGUGGUGAUGGCGGCCAAAGUGGUGUUCCAUUCCGAGGGGGCGCUAACCUCGCCUUCGGGGCUGACAAUCAUCAGACAACCGCCAAUGCACGCGCAACCAACUUCGUUUAUGCGUAUAAAUGCAACGAAAUCCACUAUGUGCCUAAAAUCAGCCAGCAAGAGUACAUCAAAGGAAACGUGCAAUCGCUGAAAGACGACGCUGCAGAGACACCUACGCAACAAUUGGAAGGGAUUUCGGUCUUGGUCCGUAACCCAGUGGGCAAGAAAGAGUUCGGUGUAGAUGAAGGGGAGGGCCAAGAACACAUCUUAAGACAGUAG